AUGUCCCCGGUGGUGUCAACUCUCCCCAUCUCAAUUUCCCACUUAUUCCUGUACGGAGAAUACACUCUAGAGAUUUUUGUGCAUUGCUUCCCUGUAUUUCUUUUCCUCCCUUCUUACUUAAAAUCUUUCCAUCUGUGCUCACAUCAUAUUUAUCUAGAUUUUCCUGUUUCAUAUUUUCAAAAAUUUCCUCUGUUUUUUCUCUUAUUGUUGACUUCUUUGGUUCCAUUUUCCUCUUGGAAUCCGGAGAUUCCUCAUCGGCCGUAUGCAUACUAA